AAUGAUUUACUCUUUAAAUGACGACAUUUGCCGGUCAACAAAACAUUAGUAAUUCACAUUUUGUUGAUUGCAACAAUUUGUCGCUAUAUGAUCAUGCGCAUUACACCAUGAAGGCUGCCAUUGUUAGGGGAAUACCAUCGAUUGUAAUUUUAAGGUUGUAUUUAAUGUUGAGCUCAUCAUCACCUUCAACCAUAUUAAUCUGGGAUCAGUCGCGGUGAACGGUGUUCGUUUAUUUAAGCGUUUUUUACUGUUUAUUCAUGUGUCUGUGGAUUUUAACAGCAUGCCUGGGGUUGCUACCCGCUAACCCCUCGCCUAUCGUGGUGGUUCCCGGUGUUCCAGCACCAAUAAUUGUACCUACAGCUGCACCGGCAACUGCAGCGACAGCUGUGACGACAACUACGGCAGCCGUCACCACGACAACUACGGCAGCCGCCACCACGACAACUACGACAACCACCGCCCGGCCUGUGACUAUUCCGCCCACUACGGCGCCAACGAUGGCACCGACGACGGCGUCGACAGCGGCUCCUACAGCGGCUCCUACAGCGGCACCAACAGCGGCGCCGACGGCUGCUCCCACCGUGGCGCCGACUGCAGGUGCAGUGCUUUUAAACUUAAAAAUUUGUUCCGAUCCUGACGUUGUUUGUGUAUUUAAUCCUGAUGAAACCACUGCAGGCCCGCUCCCGAUCGAUCCACGCCUUGGCACCACUCCGGCACCUUCGGCGGCGUUAAAUAUGCCACCUAUUACGGGAUACAGUGCACAAAUACCGAAGUACGACUCCGCUGUCAAGUUCCCUAGGCAACGCAGAAGCGUAGGCAGUAAAAAUAUUGACAAUAUAAAAGAUUUUCUAGACCGUCUAAAUACUCAUGAAGAAAUAUUUGCAAGUCAUAAUAUUGUGAAAAGACAAAGUUGUUCAUGUGUACCAACGGGAACUUGUGUUCGCGGCGGUAGCACCUCAGGCGCUGGUAUGAUAGACAUCAGGAUCGUAACGCCAGUCGCGGUUCAGUGUGCAGCCGGUCAAGAGUACUGUUGUGGUACCACUACAACGACUACCCAAGUCGCUUGUGGUACGCUGCAGACUGUUCCCGCCACGGCUAUCACUCCAGCAGCUGGACAGGCUAACUUUGGAGAAUUCCCUUGGCAGGCACUUAUAUUGACUAAACAAAAUGAUUACAUUGGCGGAGGGGUACUUGUGGACCAGUUGAAUGUUUUGACUGUCACUCAUAGGCUAGCGGCAUAUGUUGUUUCAGGGACAGCUCCUAACGUUAAAGUUCGUUUGGGUGAAUGGGAUGCUGCUGGUACUUACGAACCCGUUCCCUUCCAAGAGUACACAAUCGCCAAAGUGUUCAGUCAUCCAUCAUACAACGCCAAUACUCUUCAGUAUGACAUCAUGGUGCUGAGGUUAUCAGCCGCAGUACCAUUUACGCCUAGUGCUGGAGCUGCUACUACCAUCAACAGGGCUUGCCUUCCACCUUCAUCCACGACUACUUACACAGGACAGAGAUGUUGGGUUUCCGGAUGGGGUAAGAACAUGUUUGGUCUACAAGGCCAGUAUCAACAGAUACUGAAGAAGGUUGAUGUGCCCAUAGUAGCUCCUGCGGCUUGUCAAACUCAGAUGCAGACGGCGAGGCUGGGAGCGACCUACGUGCUAGACACUACGUCGUUUAUCUGCGCUGGUGGAGAAGCCAACAAGGACUCCUGUACAGGCGACGGUGGGUCAGGUCUGGUGUGCCAAGUCAACGGACAGUGGGUGGUAGUGGGUCUGGUCGCCUGGGGCCUAGGCUGUGCAAAUGCUAACGUUCCUGGAGCUUACGUCAAUGUAGCAGGUCUGUUACCCUGGAUACAACAACAAAUUGCUGCCGCUUAAUAAGGUUUCCUUUAUUUCAUUUCUAGAAUUUUUACUUGUACUCUAUAAUAAACAGGUCUCCCACAAAUAAA